UCCGACAUCUGUUCUUCCUCUUUCUGCAGUGAUGGUUCUGCUAAUUGUGACAAUGCGUCGGAGAAGGAAGGAGCCUCUUAUUCUCGAGGAGGAAAGGGAUAUCAGGGAAAACAUUGUCCGCUACGAUGACGAAGGUGGGGGAGAGGAGGACACAGAGGCCUUUGACAUGGUUACCCUCCGCAACCUGAACGUCAUCAGAGACCCCAACGUUAGGCGAGAUGUCACACCAGAUACCCCCACCUUCUUUCAUUACCCCCCAACCUCUCGCCCGUCCUAUAAAUCCCUGCCAGACAACGUGGUGUUUCGAGAGUUUAUUUGGGAGCGACUCAAGGAUGCUGACGUGGACCCGUCAGCUCCCCCGUAUGACUCUCUGCAGACAUACGCUUUUGAAGGCAGCGGCUCUGUAGCAGAGUCGCUGAGCUCUUUGGAGUCACUAAGUACAGACUCAGAUCAGAACUAUGACUAUCUCAGCAACUGGGGACCACGCUUCAAAAAGCUGGCUGACCUGUACGGCAACAGCGACGGCUCCGGUGUCUUCUCUUAGCCCCUAAAUGUCUCUCUUAACAUUUUUGCGGACUAGGAAAAAAAAACACAAAAAAAAACAUGCGAGUAAUUUAUUGUCAGAGAAAAUGAUUUUGUCUGCCUUAGUGCAUUGGAGAAGAUUCAAAGACAAACA